AUGGCUUUCGCUGAGUACAGCACUGGCACCGUAGCCGUAGAUCCAGGUAUGCCCGUCAAGCAAGUGGGAGCAGCUGGCAAGGAACCGCUGCCUGCAUCGCUUUCGAAGUCUCCCCGUGGGAGGUUCGGCGGUGCGCUCCCUCGCAUCGAAGAAGGUCGGCGAGACUUUGCUCGAAUCUUCUUCGCAGAUCAGCGAAAGAUCUUCUUCCUGGGCCCGAACAUGCCCAGCAUGAUGCCUCUACAGCCGACCGGAGGUCCCAGCUCCGCUCACAUCGGUGAUCUCAACGAACAGGUGGUCGAUAAGGCGGAGAGCCUGUUUAGAGAAAGCCUGGUGAAACACCUCGAGCAGGCCUUCAGUGGCGUUCCCAAGCAAGAGCUUGUGGAUACUUUGGUGCAGCGUUCUGUGGCGGCCAUGACGGUCAAUGUCGGCAUCGAUUUUGCAACAACUAUGCAUCUGAUGCCAACGUUUUUGCAACCCCUGUUUCUAAUCGUUGUCCGCGGCGACGGUAGCCCGAACGAGGCGCGCGCUGCGACCUACGGUUUCGUGGCCGAGAUGCCCACGCAGAUCGUCGGAGACCGUCCCGAGUCGAAGAGAACGCCCUUUUGCGUGCGAUUGCUCUCUCCCGACCUUCUCUCUGCUGCCGUGGACACGGCCAAGAACUGGGAGGUGGAGUACAGCUUGAGGGAGAUUCGCAGCGCAACCACCCGGCAGGUGGUGGAAUCUGACAUGGAAGCCUUGCGGAAGUCGCUGUCCUCUGGCAGGUGGGAUGACCUCUGA